CCCUCCUUCGCGACCUCCUCUGCUUCCAGCACAUUUCUGGCGCCGGAGCCGAUGGUGUUGGCCUCAGCCUUGCGGUACACCUCGUUGAAGGAGAAGAAGGAGAGCGAGGAGAAGAGGCGGGUCCGGGCAGCGAAACAUCGUCGGAAAGCAACUUCUUCCCUUUGGGCCCACGGCAGGGACAAGGAGCGGCGACACAAGCACCGAGAAGACUACCGGAUCAUGAUGUCGAGUAAAAUGAGGCGCAUAUGUGAGGACGCUCUAGGCAUCCAGCACAUUGAGGUGGAUGAUACAGAGGAAGACGACGAGACAAGCAGCGAGAGCGAGGACGAAGAGGAAGGCGGGGGGGAGGAAGGGGAGGAGGGCAGAAAA